UGACACCCGUUCUGGGGAACUAGACGUAAAGCGCCUGCUCCAGCCCCCUCCCCUGUUUCCAUGGCUACAGUGCACACUACUCCAGAGACCUCUAAACCUACUGCUAAGGGAAGGGACAGCUUCCUCUCCCUACCCCUCCCCCAGGUAGCUGGGCAGCACUCAGGUGAGACCACCCAAUCCUGUGCCUGGGAGGGGGCAGGGGAUACCCUGGGAGGCCUCAUCGGUGUUAAUGUUCAGCCAGGGUGCUGGCGUGAGGGACCAGGUGUGCUUUGUGCCCGGCAAGGACCCCAGCAUCCAGCUCAGGGGCUCCCAAACUGUUGACUAACAGGAGCAGAGGCUUGGGGACUGACUGGUGGUGUGAGCCUAGAGUGUAGAGCACAAACACAACAGACGGGAGAAGCUGGCAGCAGGAAAAGGGGUGGGGCCAGGCUGUAGAGUUGCUGGAAAGUUUUGGCCAGGGGAGGUUGGGGGAGUGUCCUAUUCUCCCUCCUCCUGGGGUGGUUCCACUCGCCUAGCUGGCCCAGCCCCUCCACUUGUGCCAAGGAAUGUGCCUGGGAGAGGCAGCCUGAGAGGCGGGCGGGCAGCAGAGCCGUGGCCACCCGGAGGCAGCGCACAGGUCACCGUGGAGGUGUCGGGCCACCAUGCUCAGUCUCAAGCUGCCCCAACUCCUUCGAAUCCACCAGGUCCCCCAGGUGUUCUGGGAAGACGGCAUCAUGUCUGGCUACCGACGCCCCUCCAGCUCGGCCUUGGACUGUGUCCUCAGCUCCUUCCAGAUGACCAACGAGACGGUCAACAUCUGGACUCACUUCCUGCCUACCUGGUACUUCCUGUGGCGCCUUCUGGAGCUCGCGGGGGGCCCGGGCUUCCGAGCGGAGCCAUACCACUGGCCGCUGCUGGUCUUCCUGCUGCCCGCCUGCCUCUACCCCUUCGCGUCGUGCUGCGCGCACACCUUCAGCUCCAUGUCGCCCCGCGCGCGUCACAUCUGCUACUUCCUGGACUACGGCGCACUCAGCCUCUACAGCUUGGGCUGCGCCUUCCCCUAUGCCGCUUACUCCAUGCCGGCCUCCUGGCUGCACGGCCGCCUGCACCAGCUAUUUGUGCCCGCCGCCGCACUCAAUUCCUUCCUGUGCACCAGCCUCUCCUGCUACUCCCGGUUCCCCGAGCUAGAAAGCCCUGGGCUCAGUAAAAUCCUCCGCACAGCUGCCUUCACCUAUCCCUUCCUGUUUGACAACCUCCCGCUCUUCUAUCGGCUGGGCCUGUGCUGGGGCAGGGGCCACAGCUGCGGGCAGGAGGCGCUGAGCACCAGCCAUGGCUACCAUCUCUUCUGCGCGCUGCUUACUGGCUUCCUGUUUGCCUCCCACCUGCCUGAGCGGCUGGCACCAGGACGCUUUGACUACAUCGGCCACAGCCACCAGCUAUUCCACAUCUGUGCAGUGCUGGGCACCCACUUCCAGCUGGAGGCAGUACUGGCUGAUAUGGGAUCUCGCCGAGCCUGGCUGGCCACUCAGGAACCCCCCCUGGGCCUGGUGGGCACAGUGGCCACGCUGGGCUUGGCAGUGGUCGGGAACCUGCUCAUCAUUGCCGCCUUCACAGCCUCCCUAUUUUGGGGCCCCAGUACUGGUGGCCCAUUGGAGGGAGAUACAAAGGCCAGACAACAGUGAGGCCCCAUUUCUGAGCUUGCCCUGGAGGAAGGCAAAGGCUGCCCUGGUGCUGGAGAGGAGCCCAGAACCAGGCCUGAUAAGGUGGGGGCACAUCUGAGCCUGGAACGAAGAGUGGCUGAGGAGAGAGUGCAGAGGAGAGAAGGCACAGGAGAGGGGAGAGGGGCUGGGGGAGU